AUGGCGACAGAGGACCCGAAUCGACGGUUUGUCUACCAGCUCGAGGGUGUUGGCCUCAGUCUGUUUGUGGUCUCUAUUGUUGGCGGCGUUAUCUCCUUAAUUGUGGUAUGCUUGAGGACAUUCAUUCGACUGCGGGCAAAGACGUUUAGCUGGGACGACGGCUUGAUGCUCGGUGGUUUGGUCGUUUACCUCGUCGAUGUCGCUCUCGCCUGCAUGGGCGCGCUGAGUGGACUGGGCACGCGCAAUGCAGACCUCAGCCCAGUAAUGUUGGUCGAAUCGAUGAAGUACCUGAUGAUCUGGAUGAUGCUUUAUGUGGCAGUAUUGUGUACGAUCAAAACCUCGAUUUGCAUCACCACACUACGGAUCGCUACCACGAUGCCAAAGCUACGCACCGCCGUCUAUAUCUUGAUGGGGCUUACCGUCGCCACAUUCUUCACGACCUUCGUCGGAAUCCUAUUGUUAUGCCGACCUGUGGAAGCCAACUGGGACACGAGCAUCGUACUAGAAGGCCGUGGCGAGUGCUCGCCAGUAAGCUCAAUGCUGGCGCUGUCAUAUACUUCGACUGUUAGCACCAUCGUUACCGAUCUCGCCUGUGCCGUCCUCCCGGCCAUCAUUCUCUGGCAAACACAAAUGAAGCUCUCGACAAAGAUCAUGGUCUCUUUCGUUCUUUCUUUCGGUUCUUUGUAA